AAAGAAUUUACUGUGUGCAGUAAGUUUCCGUCUGCAGUCACUUGAACACGUCUAUGUUGAUUUUUGUGUAUAGCAUAAGAUCUUAUGUUGUAAUGCCAUUGAACUGCGUAUACAGCAAAAUAUACGACUUUUUCAUUUGAUAUUAGCUAAAUACAUACAAAAAUUGUGUAAAUUCUCAAUUUUUUACAUACCUAAUCAGUAAUACAUAUACUUGUAUUUUCUAAAUGGCAAAAAUGUUGAUAAGGACUAGAAAUGUUGAGUGUAAAUACAAAAUUUCGAUAAUUAUUCGAGUGGUUUUGUUCCUCGGCAUUCCUUUAGUAUACUUUUUGUUCAAUGGUGGUAAUACUUUUUUUGGCGACGCAUCACAAUAUAUCAAUAUUAAUGCAGAUGAAGCCAGUAGUUUCUCAUCGCGCCGCCUUCUUGGUGUAGUGGACGGAGGAAAAAACUGCACACAUCCUGCGAUUUUAGAAUUUCCUCCUGAUGGCUUGACUCGUUAUCAACGGCAGCACGGCUUUGUUUUAAUCCACUGCGUGUUAGCAGUUUAUUGUUUUUUAUUGUUGGGCGGUAUCUGUGAACAUUACUUCGUGCCAGCCAUCGACAUCAUUUGUAGACGUCUACAUAUGGCAUCAGAUAUAGCAGGAGCGACGUUUAUGGCGGCAGCUAGCUCCAGUCCAGAACUGUUUAUCAACUGCGUGGGUACUUUUGUGACUGAAGGCGAUCUGGGUGUUGGAGCUGUUGUCGGCUCGGCUGUGUUCAACGUGCUUGCUGUGCCAGCAUGCUGCGCACUGUUCGCUGCGAGAGUGGAGCUGGACUGGUGGUCAGUUUCCCGAGACUGCCUCAUGUACGCUGUGGCCGUGGUGGCGCUUAUUUUAACGCUACUCGACGGCAAAAUAUACUGGCACGAAGCUCUCCUACUCGUUCUCAUGUAUAUACUGUAUAUAUUGGCUAUGGUUUUCAACGGCCGUCUAGGAUCUUUUGCGAAACAUGGCUGUUGUUUUACAUUCAAGAAAUCUAAAACUUACACAGAAGUUACACCGCUUUUGGUUAAAGAAAAACUUGGACCUCUAGAUGCAUCUCAACGUAUGACUCGUCCCGUUCAACAAAGUGAUUUAGAACAAGGAAUAGAAAUGACGAGACGACACGGCUCUACAAGUUCAGAUUCAAGCACGACAUCUGUUUGGUCAUUUCCUGGAGAAAAAACAUCGAUGUGGAUGAAAAUUUACUGGUUUUUAACUUGGCCUAUAUCUUUCCUCCUGUGGCUUACUAUUCCAGACUGUCGAAAGCGACAGGCUCUGUACCCCUUAACCUUUAUAAUGUGUAUCGCUUGGAUAGGAAGCGUGUCGUAUGUCGUCGCAUGGAUUAUUACUAUUUUGGGUGACACACUCGACUUGCCCGACAGUAUUACGGGCCUAACCAUCCUUGCAGCCGGUACGAGCCUACCUGAAGCAGUUUCUAGCGUGCUAGUUACCAGGCAAGGAUGUGGUACAAUGGGUAUAAGCAACUCAAUCGGAUCUAACACUUUCGACAUCCUGCUGUGUCUGGGCCUGCCGUGGCUGAUAAAGUCCUUGGUGUAUCCAGGCACUCCUGACAACCACUGGGUGACAAUAAAUUCAAGCGGCCUGCCUUACAGCGCCAUCUCUCUUUUGUCCACGCUUUUCGCGUUGUACGGCUGCUUGACAUUGAACAAGUUUCAAUUAGACUGGAAAAUUGGUGUCACUUGCGCCGUAAUUUACUUUGGAUAUCUCGUACUUGCAGCGCUGAUCGAACUCAAUGUGUUCUUCAUGGUCAACUUACCUAUUUGUCCACAUUAGUUGAACGACAUCUGACUGCGAAUAUUUAAUCAAAAGUCAAUUAAAUAUUGUAAUAUGAUGACACUUUUGCAGUACCUGCAUCGUCUUGAACGUAUCAUCUCCAUAUCCGAGACAUAUGAAUAUUGAAGAAUACGAAUAUUAUAAAAUAAAGAUUCAGACAUAUGUAAAAGUAUAUUAGAAUAAUUAUAUAUUAUGUUUACGGUGCGAAUAAAUAAAGGAGGACAUGGAGGUUCGUCGAAAUCUAUGAACAAUGGAUGUAAAAUUAUGAGUGUCCUGUACAGUGUACUGAUCUGAUAAUAUUUUUUUUUUUACAUUAGAUACCAGUAAAAAAAUUUACUAAGGAAUAUCUCCUAUAUAUAUAUAUAUAUAUAUAUAUAUAUAUAUAUAUAUAUAUAUAUUAAUGUACUAGGUAGCUAUACAUAUAACUAUAUUAACUGUAUGACUGUAUACUUUUGAAUGUUUUGGAAUAUUUUAUUAGUUUUGCCUACAGCACAAAUCACGGGUAACAAAUCAAAAAUAAACUGUGCUUAUGAAAUACAUACCUACUUAAUUUCUGAAGAUAUCUCAUAUUUAAUUGUAGGCGGAUGUUUAAAUUGUCUUAUAAUAUUUGUCAUGAAAAUAACAUCAAUAUUAGAACUGAUUUUAUAAGAAAUAUGUGAAUAUAAGGUUUAUUUUACAUAUCUUAUACAUUCAUUUUAUAGAUUUUACGAAAAAUAAGCUUAUUGAAUGUAAAUUUCAAUAAUUAAUGAAAUUAUUAUAUAUAAUUAACGGUUUCUAAAGUUUCACUAUUUUUUUAAGGUUAGUUCUUAUUAAUUUAUACCGUUCGAUAACAAAAGACAAUUUUGUUCCAUAGAAGUUUUUAAUAAAUCAAAUCCAAGGCAAUUUGUAAUAUAUGCUUAAAUAACAAUUUGAAACAAUAUUUAUGAAAUAUAUCAAGAUUAUAUUUAUUUAAUAAAGUCGAAGUUAAUCAUCGCAACAAGUA